CAGCGAACGCUGCGGCUGAUGAGAGAAGUGGGAAGUAGGGAAGAGUCGAGAGAAAGAGGCGGAGAGAGAGUGGUUGAGGGAAAAGAGACUCCACCAAAACCCUAGAAAUUCACGUGGAGGCGUGGAGUUCGCUGCAUCGGCGGGUUCUCUGUCCAGGAAAUUAGGCGUCUUCGUCAGUUCGUGAAGGAUUCAGCUCCGGAUCGAGGGUUUCUCGUCGUCUGGUUUGGUAAAGGGUGUUUGUUUGGGAGGCGUCGAUUGGAUCGGGUUGCUUUGCGGCGCGAGUUUUCCCUCUGGUUUAAUCGCUUCCGGCGCGCUAUUUUUGGUUGGAUUCUGGAUUUUGUUGGAUGAAAAUAGCGCCUUUUGGGGGUUAAGAUCGUAGCUUUUGUGCUCGGAGGCUGCGAACUGCAGGCUUCUUGAAGCUUUGGUUUUUCUGUUUCUGGGCUCACUGACUUUUCUGGGUUGUACUGAUUGUGAUUUUUGUGCUCCGAGACUCAGGAAACACGCGCUACGGUCUCCACUAUUGUUUUUUUUUUCGAGUCUUUGCUCUGCCAAUCUUCUUGAGGUGGGAAGUUGUGAAUUUUUUGUUUGCUCCAGAGUUAGAACCUUGUAAGAUUUGGAUUCUGUUGGUGGUCGAGGAUACUUUGGACGGAAUUCAUUUACCGCUACAUUUUGUAGCAACAAGGUACUUGCGCAGGAGGAAGAAGUUUUAUGCAUUUUCCGUUAGGGGAUAGGUGAAAGUGGGAUUCUGCCAGCGUGAAGUUUGGGAUUUUGUUGUUUGUCUGUCUGUCUUGCCUUUUCCAUUCUAUCUGCACAACAAAAUUUCUGCGCUGGAGCGUAUAGGGAUUCCUGGUUCGAUGUCUUCUCUGAGCAGGGAACUGGUUUUCCUGAUACUGCAAUUCCUAGAUGAGGAAAAAUUCAAGGAAGCUGUUCACAAGCUGGAACAGGAGUCAGGCUUCUACUUCAACAUGAAACACUUUGAAGAUCUAGUUCAGGCAGGGGAAUGGGAUGAAGUUGAAAAAUAUCUUGGUGGUUUCACUAAAGUUGAAGACAAUAGGUACUCCAUGAAAAUCUUCUUUGAGAUCAGGAAACAGAAGUACCUUGAAGCACUUGACAGACAUGACAGAGCAAAAGCCGUUGAGAUUCUUGUUAAGGAUCUCAAAGUUUUUGCUUCUUUCAAUGAGGAACUCUUCAAGGAGAUCACUCUGCUGCUUACUCUGGAAAAUUUCAGGCAGAAUGAGCAACUUUCUAAAUAUGGAGAUACAAAAUCAGCAAGAACUAUAAUGCUUCUGGAGCUUAAGAAACUUAUUGAAGCUAAUCCUUUAUUUCGUGACAAGUUAACAUUCCCACCUUUUAAAGCUUCUCGCUUGCGAACACUAAUCAACCAAAGUCUCAACUGGCAGCACCAGCUUUGCAAAAAUCCACGUCCCAACCCUGACAUUAAAACACUCUUUAUUGAUCAUUCAUGCGCUGCUCCUACAAAUGGAGCACGGCCACCUCCGCCUACCAAUGGUCCACUUGUUGGGUCAGUUCCCAAGACUGGGACGUUUCCUCCAAUGGGUGUUCAUAGUCCUUUUCAAUCAGUUGUUUCUCCACCUGGUAGUGCCAUUGCUGGAUGGAUGACCAACCCUAACCCUUCACUGCCACAUGCUGUUGUAGCACCUGGCCCCCCAGGUUUGGUGCAGCCUCCAAAUGCAGCUGCAUUUAUGAACCACCCGCGGCUUCCCACAGGAGCUCCUGGGAUUGAUUAUCAUACUGCAGAUUCGGAACACUUGAUGAAAAAAAUCCGAACAAGCCAAGUAGAUGAAGUAUCCUUCUCUGGUGUAACUCAUCAGCGCAAUAUUUAUUCUCAAGAUGACAUUCCCAAGGCCGUGGUACGGACUCUUAAUCAAGGUUCAAACGUGAUGAGCUUGGAUUUUCAUCCAAUCCAUCAUAUGAUUCUUCUAGUUGGGACAAAUGUUGGUGACAUUGGCAUUUGGGAAGUUGGAUCCCGAGAAAGGCUAGCACAAAAGACAUUCAAGGUUUGGGAUAUUACAUCUUGUUCUUUGCCUUUGCAGGCAGCACUCAUGAAAGAUGCUACCAUAUCUGUCAACCGAUGCUUGUGGAGUCCUGAUGGUUCUAUUCUUGGUGUUGCAUUUUCAAAGCAUAUGGUGCAGACAUAUGCUUUUAGUCUAAAUGGAGAAUUGCGACAACAUUUGGAGAUUGAUGCACAUGUAGGUGGCGUUAAUGACAUUGCCUUUUCCCAUCCCAACAAGACUCUCUCAAUCAUUACUUGUGGUGAUGACAAGACAAUUAAAGUAUGGGAUGCUUCAACUGGACAGAAACAAUACACUUUUGAAGGUCACGAAGCCCCUGUUUAUUCUAUUUGUCCUCACUACAAGGAGUCCAUCCAGUUUAUCUUCUCAACUGCAAUUGAUGGUAAAAUCAAAGCAUGGCUCUAUGACUGUUUGGGAUCUAGAGUCGACUAUGAUGCUCCUGGCCGUUGGUGCACAACCAUGGCAUAUAGUGCUGACGGAACAAGGCUUUUUUCAUGUGGAACAAGUAAAGAUGGUGAUUCACAUUUAGUUGAGUGGAACGAGACUGAAGGAACUAUUAAGCGGACAUACACUGGUUUUAGAAAACACUCAUUAGGAGUUGUCCAGUUCGACACAACUCGGAACCGCUUCUUAGCUGCUGGAGAUGAAUUCCAGAUUAAGUUUUGGGAUAUGGAUAACACUAAUAUACUGACUACUACUGAUGCAGAUGGCGGGCUUCCUGCAAGCCCUCGUCUGGGAUUCAACAAAGAUGGUUCAUUACUUGCUGUUACGACUAGUGAUAAUGGAAUCAAAAUUCUGGCAAAUGCUGAUGGACAACGGGUUAUAAGGAUGCUUGAAAGCCGAGCAUUUGAAGGUUCACGCAGUGCUUCUCAACAAGCUAUUGCGAACGUGAAGCCCCCUGUUAUCAAUGCUUUAGGAUCGGUUUCUAAUGUCUCUAGCCCUAUAACUGCAACAUCUGAACGCCCUGAUCGAAUCUUACCUGCAGUAUCUAUGAGUGGCUUGGCUGUUAUGGAUAGCAAUAGGACUGCAGAUGUCAAGCCAAGGAUUUCUGAAGAAGCUGAGAAAAUCAGAAGCUGGAAGUUACCUGAGAUUGUGAAUUCUGGGCAUCUUAAAGCUUUGCGGUUGCCUGAUUCAACAUCAGCAGUGAGCAAGGUUGUGAGAUUGUUAUACACCAAUUCUGGACUCGCUGUAUUAGCACUUUGUUCCAAUGCCAUGCAUAAACUAUGGAAGUGGCCACGCAAUGAAAGGAACCCAUCAUGCAAGUCAACUGCAUCUGUUGCUCCUCAACUUUGGCAACCAUCAAAUGGUAUUUUUAUGACCAAUGAAACAAGUGAUAACAAUCCAGAAGAAGCAACUGCUUGUAUUGCUUUAUCAAAGAAUGACUCUUAUGUAAUGUCUGCAUCAGGAGGAAAAGUUUCUUUGUUUAAUAUGAUGACUUUUAAGGUUAUGACCACUUUUAUGUCACCCCCGCCUGCAGCCACGUUUUUGGCAUUUCAUCCUCAAGACAAUAACAUCAUUGCCAUUGGAAUGGAAGAUUAUAGUAUCCAGAUCUACAAUGUCCGGGUUGAUGAGGUGAAAACCAAGCUCAAGGGUCACCAAAAGAAGAUAACUGGUCUUGCAUUUUCCCAGUCUUUAAAUGUUCUCGUGUCCUCUGGCGCUGAUGCUCAGCUUUGUGUUUGGAGCAUAGAUGGAUGGGAGAAGAAAAGAUCGCGGUUCAUUCAGGCACCUGCUGGGCGUGCAUCUCCAUUAGUUGGGGAUACCAAAGUUCAAUUUCACAAUGAUCAGACACAUCUCUUGGUUGUCCAUGAAAGUCAAAUCGCAAUCUAUGACAGUAAACUCGACUCUCCGCGUUCGUGGUCUCCUAGAGAUGCACUUCCAGCAUCAGUAUCAAGUGCAAUAUUUUCUUGUGAUGGUAUGUUGGUGUAUGCUGCAUUUGUUGAUGGCGCUGUUGGAGUUUUUGAAGCUGACAGCUUGAGGCUCCGGUGCCGAAUCGCUUCCUCUGCUUAUAUACAUAGUGGAUCUGCCUACCCCAUAGUGAUUGCUGCUCACCCAUCUGAACCCAAUCAGAUAGCCCUGGGGAUGAGUGAUGGUGCUGUUCAUGUGGUGGAGCCAUCAGACAGCGAUACGAAAUGGGGGUCGGCGGCGCCUUCCCAAGACAGCGGAGCUCCGCCAACCACAUCCUCGACCCCUGCUCAAAACAGUAGUCAGGCAUCCGAACCCCCCUCUCGAUGACUUUGACAGUAGUCGAGCUCAAGCGGAACUAAAUGAGGAAGAUCAAUCUAAAGGCUAGAAGCAGGUUAUCUCCUUUUUGUUUCUGCUAACCUGUUUGUUUUCUGUAAAUCUCAUUGUGUAUGGUACCUUUAGAGAUUCUUAAAAGAGUGAGGAAGAUGUUUGUUGUGUAAAGAAAUAUAUAUAAACUUAUGGUAAUCUAGAUUUUUAUUUGCUCUCUUAA